UUAAAUUCUUUGACAAAACAUCAAGAUGUGAAGUCAAAAUGUGACAUCUUACAAUUUCCUUCAAAUGUAGUCCAUUAUAAGUAAUACAGCAAUGAUUCUAAUACUAUUAAUAUUAGUAUAUCAAUACAGCUUGAGAAUUGCCGCAAUAGAUAUAGGUCAGGUUGAAAGAGGGGAUUUCAUUUGCAAAGCUUAUGGAUAUCAUCUUGUCGAAGCCAAGUUCGGAAAGGAAACUUACUUAUUGUGUUUGAAAAGAACAGCCAUAGGUUCCUUCCCACUGACGAGUCAGAAUUCAGCCUUAUUAUUGGAACCUGAUUCGGAAGACCACAAAUCGAUUGAAAGUUACCUCGAGGAUUUGGCGUUGGCGUACGGAUUCCCUAUUGACGAUCCUGCCGCUGGAUCUGCCGAAGGUUAUAUUGGAGAAGACCAUCAGUUCUAUGGAGUGUUGCAUUUAGGUAACAGAACACUACACGCAGACCCUUACGGUAAAGAUGACCUCACCAAGAUAUUCGGCGCGUUCGAGAAUGACAAUAUGGCGGUGCCACGGCUCCGACGAGACGAUACCCAGGUGAUCAGGUGAAGAUGAUGUGCAGUAAUAAAACACCGAUACUUUCGCUCUUAUACUGUAUACAGAAGCGACCCGCAUCC